UUAAUCUUUGCAUAUUGAACCCUUUAGGAGGGGUUAAUUUCUCUGUGUUUCGAAUUUCGGAACAUUGUGUGAUCAAAUGGGAAGACAACCAUGUUGUGACAAAGUUGGAUUGAAGAGAGGUCCAUGGAGCAUUGAAGAAGAUCACAAGCUCACGGACUUUAUCGUCAACAACGGCAUCCAUUGCUGGCGAAUGGUUCCCAAGCUUGCAGGUUUGCUAAGAUGUGGGAAGAGUUGCAGAUUGAGAUGGAUAAAUUAUCUGAGGCCAGAUGUUAAAAGAGGGGCACUUUCAGAAAUGGAGGAGAAUCAGAUUAUACAACUUCAUGCUUGUUUUGGUAACAGGUGGUCGAAGAUUGCCUCACAUUUUCCGGGACGUACUGACAAUGAAAUAAAGAACCACUGGAACACCAAGAUUAAGAAGAGGCUAAAGAUCCUAGGGUUAGACCCUGUGACCCACAAACCCAUUGAGGAGACUGAAACUAAUCCAGAAUUGGAUUCAUCAAUAGAACAAGAGGAAAGUUUGGAGGUUACAUCAAUGAAGGAUUGUCGUCAUGCUCAGUGUGAGGUUCAAGUAACAAUUGAUGAGAAACAAAACGAAGUCAACAAGAUCAUGGUGACCUCCAAUGAAUCAACUGAUCAUCAUGAUGACCUUCUACAUAAUUAUGAGAUGUUGUGUCCAAGUUUGGAUGUGGGAUUAGGGGUAAACCAAGAAACAAACACCUCCAAUUCAUAUUAUAGUCCUACAUUUUCUUUGGAAAAUUCUAUCAACCCAUCAUCAAUGGGUACUCAAGAUUCUAUACAGCAAUGGGUUGAUAGUGUGGAUUCAAUGCUCUCAUGGGAUGGUUUCAAUCAACUUGAAGACGAACUUUUCUUUUUGGAUAAUAGCCACUGAAACCUAUCUGCUGAUUCAGUUGUUUUGUUUUGGCACAGGUUUUUUUUUUUUUCAAUUCUCUUUCACCAUGUUCAAUUUGCUAUAUCAAUCUUCAAAAGAGUAUCAUAUUAUGAUGACUAGUGUCAUUAAUCUCUACUUGGUUGUGGUUUUUAUUUA